GCCCCGCAGCCAGCCCCCUCUUCCUGCCCCCUCCCCCGGCCCGGCGGUCUCGCUCGCUCUCCCUCCCGGUGGGAUGGAAGUCCCCGGUGAUCCUCCUCCUCCUCCCCGGUAGCAGGCGGCGGCCCGAGUCGGUGCAAAAUGCUGGGCAUGUACGUGCCGGAUAGGUUUGCCCUGAAGUCGUCAAAAGUGCAGGACGGGAUGGGGCUCUACACGGCCCGCAGAGUUAAAAAGGGUGAAAAAUUUGGCCCCUUUGCAGGGGAGAAGCGAAUGCCGCAGGAACUGGAUGAGAGCACAGACUGCAGGCUCAUGUGGGAAGUUCGUGGGAGUAAAGGUGAGGUCCUUUAUAUCCUGGAUGCAAGCAAUCCACGCCAUUCAAAUUGGCUGCGGUUUGUCCAUGAGGCUCCAUCACAGGAACAGAAGAACCUGGCAGCCAUCCAGGAAGGGGAAAAUAUUUUCUAUCUCGCUGUGGAAGAUAUUGAAACAGACACAGAACUUCUGAUUGGGUACUUGGACAGUGACAUGGAAGAAGAGGAGGAGGAGGAAGAAGAAGUAACUGUUAUCCAGGAAGAUGAAGACAGUGGCAACAACAAAGAAGUGCAAACAGCUGGUGAAAAAGUUGCAAAUCCCAUCACCUGUAAAGAGGACCAUGCAUGCCCAAACUGUGAAUCCAGUUUUUCCAGCCAGGAGAUUCUAGCUGAACAUCUUCAGACUUUGCACCAAAAACCCAGUGAAGAAAAGGAAUUUAAGUGCCGAAACUGUGGAAAGAAAUUCCCUGUGAAACAAGCUUUACAAAGACAUGUACUUCAGUGCACAGAGAAUAUCAGCCCAGGAGAUUCUUCAAGAAGUUUUCAGUGCUCUGUUUGCAAUACUUCCUUCAGCUCAGAAUCGAGUUAUGAACAGCACAAGGAGGCAUGCAGAGGGGAUGCCAGGUUCAUAUGCAAGGCAGAUAGCUGCGGGAAGAGGUUCAAGAGCAAGGAUGCCCUGAAAAAACAUAAAGAAAAUGUUCACAGUGGAAAUUCUAGGAAGAAGCUGAUGUGUUCAGUGUGCAAUAAGAAAUGUUCCUCAGCAACAAAUCUCCAAGAGCAUCGAAAGGUCCAUGAGAUUUUUGAGUGUCAGGAAUGUGACAAGAAAUUUAUUUCGGCUAACCAGCUAAAGCGCCAUAUGAUAACUCAUUCAGAAAAACGCCCCUACACCUGCGAGGUUUGCAAUAAGUCCUUCAAACGACUUGAUCAAGUGACUGCACACAAAAUAAUACACAGUGAAGAUAAGCCUUAUAAAUGCAAGCUUUGUGGAAAGGGAUUUGCCCACAGAAAUGUUUACAAGAAUCACAAGAAGACCCAUUCUGAAGAGAGACCAUUCCAGUGUGAGGAAUGCAAAGCUUUGUUCCGAACCCCGUUCUCUCUACAAAGACAUCUGUUAAUCCAUAACAGUGAGAGGACUUUCAGGUGUGAUCACUGUGAUGCUACUUUCAAAAGAAAGGACACAUUAAAUGUUCAUAUUCAAGUUGUACAUGACGGACAUAAGAAAUACAAGUGUGAUCUCUGUGACAAAGCUUUUGUGACACCCUCAGUCCUGAAGAGUCAUAAAAAGACUCACACAGGAGAAAAAGAGAAGAUUUGCCCAUAUUGCGGACAGAAGUUUGCAAGCAAUGGAACACUAAGAGUUCAUAUUCGAAGCCAUACAGAGUAAGACUCUGUAAAUGAGCCCUAACAGUACUUGGCCUUUUGCAGAAACUGAGCUCGUUUGGGGUGAGUGAACAUGUCUGCAUGUGCAUGUACAGAGGGAAGGGGUUGAUGUUUGCAUCUGAACCUAGCAUAUUGCUCUGUAAUUCAUCAUCUGGGUUUCAGCCUUGGCAUGACAGAGACAGCGCUCUGUAGGUCAGCUGAAACACUAUAGCACAUUCUCCCUCUGCUGUAUCCUGUUGGUUUAUGACUUCUUAGGGUCAGAGGGAGCUGGGGUUAAUUCAGCAAAAGAAUCCUCUGACUGCGAUAUAAAUUCCUUGGCUUGUUCAUAAAUUGUAAAAGAAAUUCUAUGAUCUGCUCCUUGGGCUUGAAAACUAGGGGCCAGGAGGUUAAUUACUUCCCUAAAGUUUCAAGCAGCUUCAGUGUUAACAGUUACUGGCUGUGGCUUGUGCAACUUCUCAGUUGCCUUUUACAUAGCUCUUUGGAUCUAUUAAUUGCUGUCUUGUGUGUUUGUGUGUGCAUGUAUUUGUGUGUAUUUAUGCGCAUGCAUGUCUGAUAUUUAUACUGUUGCUUUCCUAAUUAGUUCUGUCCUAACCCCUUCCAUCGUUGUGAUGUAGCACAUCAAGUUGUUGUUACAGUAGAAGUUGUUGUGAGGUAGUUCAUAUUUGCAGGUAAAUUUAUUUCUGAGUUAAGAGAAUUGAGUGUUUGAACUGUAAUUCUAUCCUUUAUAUGCUGUCUUUUAUCCACUGCAUUACGUAGGGACUGACAAGCAACAACUAAUGACCAUACACGUCUUCCAGAAAAUGCUUAUACAUGCAAAUAUAGGUUAAAAUGUAACCUUUGUUUUUGCUUUUUUCACCACAGUUAAA